GUUCAGUUGGCCGCACCGUGCAGAGCAUGUGACGGUAAGGUGUUGACUGAUCACCGGAGGACUGUGCGCUUAUAUCGGACAUGUCGUCCCGGACGGACCGAGACACCGGGAUCCGCAGGUACCGGAGAGAGAACUCUACAGACGGCCAGAACCGGGACGAGAAAUCGCACCAGCACAGCAGAAUAGUGCGUGGAUUCUCCAGAAAUUCUGCCAGUCUGAAGAGAACUGUCUCGAUAUGUGAUGAAAACUUCCCAACAGCUCUGCCCGUGCUGCUGGAUGUGGUCCGGGGUCCGGAGCGUCUUCCUGCAGACGAGCAGACACAGGAAAUGCUGAGAGGGAAACUGCGCAUUCUGCAGGCUGACAGCACCGAGGUCAACGCUCUGUUCACGGAGCUGUCUACUCAUCUGAUCUCCAUCAACAGUGAAGAAAAUAUAAUUUUUGUCACAUUCAAAACAUUUGAAGAAAUAUGGAAGUUCACCACGUAUUACACAAUAGGUUUCCUGGGUCGGUGUAUGGAGAAUCUGUUGUUAGACCAGAAGUUUUGGCUCAGUUCUCUGGAGGAGGACAUCAGGAUCGAGGUUUCCGUUCAGGAGGAAACUCUCCACCUGAUCUACAAAGGCAUCCUCAUGCAGGAAGGCUCUUUCUUUGCUAGUUGUAGCACCAACCAGAUGUUUGACAGCUCCACCUCUGGAGGGGACCUGUACCUGGAGCAGGGAGAUAUAGCCCAGUUUGAGCCUCCCUUCCUGGGCUCAGGGUGGACCGUCCUCUGCCUGGCUGAUGGAGGCCGAGGCACUGCACCCAAACCCGUUCUGGAGCCGGUCGUCCCUUUUUAUCAGUGGUUUCUCAAAUCCUGUGCAGAGGGCAUUUUAGUUGGUGAUGGGAAACCCUCCUGUGACUUCCCCCUGCAGUUUGCCAGAGGAACCUGUCUUGCCACAAUGGAGUAUGAUGCUGGGGGCCCAGAUGAGCUGAGCGUGGCCCCUGGUGAUCGCAUCAUCAUCGUGGGACUUCUGGUGUCUUGUUUUGAAUGGUUCACAGGGAGGAAGGAGGCGACAGGAGAAGUGGGUCUGGUCAAGACAAGCCUGGUAAAACCCUCGCCUGACAUUACCGAGUCAGAAGAUAUUUUUUUGGACGGAGAGGAAGAAACACUCUUCAGUCUGCAAGAGGACAACGUCAUAGAGGAAACUACUGCGUUAUUGAAGAAGAAAUCCCAUAAUGAUACUGGUCAUAAAUACAAACUUGAUCUCAUCCAUCACAAAGACUCUGAAACUAAAGCAUUUCUCAGCUCUUCAAGCAACGUUGAUACUCAGACUGACCUAAAGAGAAAUAUUCAGAGGAUCCUUGAUCAAGGAAAACUCUCAUCACCAUAUCCCGUAGUGACCGUUAACGGGACUCAAGAGAAACCGGACCUUGCAACAGAAGCAAAACCUCCAAGCCCUCCCUGUUUCACAGUCCACCCAGUUGUAGAAGGAAACAACGAGUCAGAGAACUUCAUACCCCUCUUCUCUUUUUUGGAGGGACGAGACUACAAAGCAGAGUUUGGCGUCCUGUAUGGACUGGGUUCAGAACUCCUGUCCUCUUCCACCUUCACCGGUCACUCGGACGAGGAUGAGCUGAUUGCCUUCCUGGGUGUUGCUAGGGAAACAGCCAGGAAGAAACGACUUUAUUGGCCACAGACUCGGUUGUGCUUUCUGUUGGGUAAACUUUGUGCUGGGAGGUUGAAGUUCAGCCAGGCCCGGGUUUACUUUGAAGAAGCCCUCAGUGUGCCACGAGAAGGCUUCACAGAUCUCAGGUUGUUGGCCAGCAUCUAUUCAAGGCUGGUUGCCAUAUACCUUCUGCAGAAAAACACUGAGAGUUUCUUUGUUCUGGCCGAGCGACUUGUUGCCUUGCUAUUUGGAAUCCCAGACUGCCUGGCAUGUUUAGAGGACAACUCCGCUCUCAAAUACAUCCUCAAGAAAGCUGUUCUAUCUCACAACAAAAUGGCAGAGGCCCGGGCUUGUUACCUUUUGGCGAAGCACCACUGGACUCAUGCUGAAGGGGUGCGAGUUGUUCCUUAUCUUGAAAGACUAAUUGUUCUUUGUGGUGAAGCUCCAAGAACAUGUGGAAUCUCUCGCGAAUACCUCACGCUGGGAAGGAUCUACAGCGAACUCCAUCUUCCUCACCUCAGUGUCAGUUCAGCCAGGGGAGCUUCUCUGCAGAGCUCUGCUACACUGACGGACUGCCUUAGCAGCAUGGUUCUAGCUAUGGACAAUAUCAACAGACUGUGUGGGAUCACAGAACAGGAAGCAUCCAUCCCACCUCAAGUGGCUCCAUAUUUACACCAAGCCGUUUCUUCUAUAAUCCAAGGAGGAGGAAGUGAUCAAUGCCAUGUUCUGGCCCAUCGGAUUACUGUCUGUCUCAGCCAACUGUUUUACAUGAACUUAAUGGUUGGACACGCUAUCUGCCACAUGCAUACUCUGAUCAACAGCAGUGCGCCCUCACUCCGCAUCUCCGUCCCAGAAAGAAACAGUGCUCUGAUCUGGCUUGCAUGGCUUCACAUUGACAAUAAUCAGCCAGAUGUUGCUUUGGACGUCCUGGACACGGUUCUAGCUUCCAUGCCAGAACACUGCACUACCCCUCAGGAAGGCGUGGUCCUCAACAUGCGUGGUGUUGCACUUCGAUACAUGGGUGACCUCCGGAGGGCGGCAGAGAGCUAUCAGGCUGCUGUUGACAUCUGCCAAGAGUAUGAGGACAUGCCAAACUGGGCUGUAGCUCAGGCUAACCUAGGGCUGUUGUGUCUGAAGGCUGGAGCUAAAGGACUAGCGCAGAGACACCUGACUGAGGCUGUGCAGCUCUUCUCUGAGCUGGAUGAAGAGGGGCAUGAAGCUAACUUCAUCACAGUGCUGCUGGAGCUGGGACAGCACUAUGUGAAGCAGCAUCAAUUGGACUUUGGGAAAGGAUGCUAUGAAUGGGCUCUCCUGCUAGCUAUCAACGCCAACCUGUUAGACUGCCAGCUCGCUGCCACCAGACACCUGUGCCGUCUGUAUGGAUGUGAAAGCCCCGACCAGGCCCAGUGUAUCAUCUACAACAAGCACCAGGUGCAGCUGCUGCAGCACACAGGAGACAGGGGACAGGAGGGAGAAGCACUGGAAGCCAUCAGCCAGCUUUACCUCAAUCUGGGCACAGAACGGGCCUGCAGGGCGGCUCUCGACUGCACCAAGACCAGUUUGGGUAUUUCCAUCGAUCUGGGCUGCAGAGAGAAGGAGGCUUAUGGUUGGCUGCAAGCGGGGAAGAUCUACCACCUGGUGCAGCAGACUGAACUGGUGGACCUUUAUGUUCAGGUAGCGCAGGAUGUCGCUCUGAGUACAGGAGACACUAAGUUCCUCCUGAAGCUUCUGGAAGCUGCAGGAGACAUUUUCUUCAACAGCAGCAAGGACAGGGACAAGGCUAUCACCUUCUACAGGGACCGCGCUUUGCCCAUCGCCGUGAAGAGCAACAACAUCCGCUCCAGGCUGAGGUUGUGUAAUAAGUUGACUGAACUGAUGCUCAGUCUCAAGCUGUAUGGGGACGCUGUGGAGUUUGCUCAGACUGCACUGGACAUCAGUAUCACACUGGUUGAUAGGCUGAAUGAGCGAGUGGCUUACCACCGUCUGGCCUCCCUGUUCCACUGUCUGGAACAGUAUGAACUUGCUGAACACUAUUACCUGAAAACCCUGACGCUCUGUCCAACCACUCUGCUGUUUGACGAAGAAACACUGUACUAUGCCCGGGUGUACCAGACACUGGGCGACAUCAUAUUCUAUGACCUGAAGGACCCACAUGACGCUGCAGGCUACUACCACCUGGCUCUGGCUGCAGCCAUGGAUGUGGGCAACAAGAGGUCUCAGCUGCAGCUGUGCACCCGCCUCGCCACCAUCUACCACAACUUCCUAACAGACCGGGAGCUCUCUCUCUUCUUUUACCAGAAGGCUAGAGCAUUUGCUGCAGAGCUGAACGUGAGGAGGAUCAAUAUCUCCCCGGAUAAGCAGUACAGCAGCGCUUCACAGUACAAGACCACCGGACAAUCGGGAAGACAGUUUGGGAAAAACUAAUAUGGGGCAAAAUGCAACAAAAGCUUUUGCAGAUGGCUGGAUGAACUGAUUUUCAGAACAGAAGAAUGGUUCUAUGAUAAGCCUUGCAUUCAGACUCCAGCACUGACUCAACUGAUCCCAGAGGAAAACCAAUCUUCAAGACUUUACUGCGAUAAUAAAGGUUCCAAGGUACCCAGGAUCUCCAUUCUAAUCAUCUCUGGCAUUAUGGAACUAUGCCUACACAAAUUUCACCGUUUGAUUUCAAUUCAAGAUCAACUUUUAUUUGUAAACCACAGGGAAUAAUUCAUUUUGCAUUUUGUAAACGUACUGUAGCAGAAAUAAAUGGAAGCUGUAAUUUAUAUGAUUGCAUUGAAAAUAGAGUGUGUAAGGUCAUUUUACAUUCGUCUCUAUUUGUUAGAUUUUCUUGGAACUUCUUUGAAUGAAUGAAAUGAGAAAUUAUGAUUUUACCAGAUAAAUACAAGCAUGUCAUCUG